AUGUCCUCCGCGAUCGGACGAUCUCAGUCCGCGAAGAGAUCUCCAGUCGUCGUCUGCAACGCCGAUGGACAGAAGUCAAGAAUUGGCUUGUGUGGUUUGGCCGUCAUGGGUCAAAACUUAGCCUUGAACGUCGCAGAGAAAGGAUUUCCGAUUUCAGUCUACAACCGUUCUGCUGACAAGACGGACGGGUGCGUGAACAGAGCCGAAAAGGAAGGCUUAUCGAGCAAGUUGCGAGGGUACAAGGAUUUAAAAGAAUUCGUGGAAUCUAUCGAGAAACCCAGACAUAUCAUCAUCUUAGUGAAAGCUGGGGCGCCGGUCGAUGCGACCAUCGAAGGCUUGUCGCAGUUUCUCGAGCCCGGGGACUGCAUCGUCGACGGAGGGAACGAAUGGUACGAAAACACCGAACGAAGAAUGAAGGAAGUUCAAGAGAAAGGUUUGUUGUAUUUGGGCAUGGGCGUGUCUGGUGGCGAAGAAGGGGCGAGAAAUGGGCCGUCGAUGAUGCCUGGUGGUUCCGAAGAGGCUUAUAAACGCAUCGAAGAUAUUUUGAAACCGGUGAGCGCGCAAACCGAUACGGGCGCGUGCGUGACGUACGUCGGAAAAGGCGGCGCGGGUAACUUUGUAAAGAUGGUGCACAACGGUAUCGAAUACGGAGACAUGCAAUUGAUCUCUGAGGCAUACGAUAUCUUGAAAACUGUCGGUGGGUUAACGAACGAGGAAAUGCAUGCCGCUUUUGUGGAGUGGAACAAAGCCGAGCUGGAAUCGUAUUUGAUUGAAAUCUCGAGCUACAUUUUGGAGAAGAAGGACGACCAAAAAGACGACAAUUCCUUCUUAGUGGACAAAAUUUUGGAUAAAACUGGCAUGAAAGGUACCGGUAAGUGGACCGUGCAACAGGCGGCGGAGUUAUCCGUCGCCGCGCCAACGAUUGCGAGCAGUUUAGAUUCGAGAUUUUUGUCCGGUUUGAAAGACGAACGCGUCGCGGCAGAGGCUGUGUUCAAAAGCAAAGGCUUAGCGCCGGCGGAUUCCAAAGGACCGGCUCCUGGUAUCGAUAAGAAACAGUUGAUCGACGACGUGCGUAAAGCGUUGUACGCGUCGAAAGUGACCUCGUACGCACAAGGCAUGAACUUGAUCAGAGCUAAAUCGAACGAGCAAGAGUGGGGAUUAAAUUUGGGCGAGAUGGCGAGGAUCUGGAAGGGUGGGUGCAUCAUUCGAGCGGCGUUUUUGGAUCGCAUCAAGCAAGCGUACGACAAAGACGCGAACUUACCGUCUUUGCUCGUUGACGGUGAAUUCGCUUCGGAACUCGUCGAUAAGGAACAAGCGUGGAGACGCGUCAUCGUCGCCGCGGUGAACGCCGGCGUUUCCACGCCGUCAAUGUCUUCAUCCUUAAACUACUUCGACACGUACAGAAGAGGACGAUGCCCGGCGAACUUGGUCCAAGCGCAAAGAGACUUUUUCGGUUCGCACACCUACGAAAGAAUGGACAUGGAAGGCUGGCACCAUACUUUGUGGAGCGACAUGAACAGCGCCGAUAGUAUUACCACUUCCGGGUACACCAACUAA